AUGGUGGACAUGGGGGCCCUGGACAACCUGAUCGCCAACACGGCCUACCUGCAGGCCCGGAAGCCUUCGGACUGCGACAGCAAGGAGCUGCAGCGGCGACGGCGCAGCCUGGCCCUGCCCGGGCUGCAGGGCUGCGCAGAGCUCCGCCAGAAGCUGUCCCCGAAUUUCCACAGCCUGUGUGAGCAGCAGCCCAUUGGUCGCCGCCUCUUCCGUGACUUCCUAGCCACUGUGCCCACGUUCCGCGAGGCAGCAACCUUCCUAGAGGACGUGCAGAACUGGGAGCUGGCCGAGGAGGGACCUACCAAGGACAGCACGCUGCAGGGGCUGGUGGCCGCUUGUGCGAGUGGCCCUGCCCCAGGGAACCCACACCCCUUCUUCAGCCAGGCUAUGGCCACCAAGUGCCAAGCAGCCACCACCGAGGAAGACCGAGUGGCCGCAGUGACACUGGCCAAGUCUGAGGCCAUGGCCUUCUUGCAAGAGCAGCCCUUCAAGGAUUUCCUGACCAGCCCCUUCUAUGACAAGUUUUUGCAGUGGAAACUCUUUGAGAUGCAACCAGUGUCAGACAAGUACUUCACCGAGUUCAGAGUGCUGGGGAAAGGUGGUUUUGGGGAGGUAUGUGCUGUCCAGGCGAAAAACACUGGGAAGAUGUAUGCCUGUAAGAAACUGGACAAGAAACGGCUGAAGAAGAAAGGUGGCGAGAAGAUGGCUCUCUUGGAAAAGGAAAUCUUGGAGAAGGUCAGCAGCCCUUUCAUUGUCUCUCUGGCCUAUGCCUUUGAGAGCAAGACCCAUCUCUGCCUUGUCAUGAGCCUGAUGAAUGGGGGUGACCUCAAGUUCCACAUCUAUAAUGUGGGCACACAUGGCCUGGACAUGAGCCGGGUGAUCUUUUACUCAGCCCAGAUAGCCUGUGGGAUGCUGCACCUCCAUGAACUCGGCAUCGUCUACCGGGAUAUGAAGCCUGAGAAUGUGCUUCUAGAUGACCUCGGCAACUGCAGGUUAUCUGACCUGGGGCUGGCUGUACAGAUGAAGGGUGACAAGCCCAUCACCCAGAGGGUGAGUGACUCUCCACCUGCCCCAAGUGCGGGGCACAGAGUUGGAAAAGAGGGGAGAGGGCUUUUCUAUUCCCAGGACAAAUAG